UGAAUUCACACUGGAUGGAUGGAUUCUAAACCAGCCAGCUCACAUCAGAAGCCUUUAAGGAUUUUAAUUAUUAUUUUAUUUUCAAAGCUCCAACAUGAGAUGUUGUAAUGUAGUUCUAAUUGGGAUUUAUGAGACUGCAAACAGGUAAUACGUCCAAUAGGGUGAAAAGACUGACUUCAAAUUCUGCUUUGUUAACUAAAACACACAGAUUUGAAUGCUACAACUGCUGCAUGUGUUGCAGCUUCUGGAAAGGAUAGCUCUGUAAUUAGCCGAAGGGCCCAUCAUCCGCAGGCGGCCAAUCAGGUGACGGACGGGAGGGAGGGAGGCUGUUCCCGGAGCGGCUGCCACCCGGCCUGGCAAUCAGUCGCACGGGACACCGAGCCCCGGUCGGCCACCAGCUCAGUCCCGUGGCGGUGACACCUCUGACAGCGGCUCCAGACUUCACCACCUCGUUUCUUCUCACCAAGAUGGCUGAAGUGGAGUUGGCGAAAAGGACCCUUCAGGCCAUUAUCCAGGCCAACAGAGGUGGAGUGUCCUUGUCCCGCCUGCAGUCGGAGUACAAGGAGCUAACAGGAGAACAGAUCCCGCACAGACAGAUGGGAUAUAACCACCUGGAGGCUCUGUUAGCCAACAUGUCCUCUGUUCGCAUGGAGAGGAGAGGUUCUGGAGAGAUGUUUUAUGCUUCUUCUGGUGCUAAGGAGGGAGGACACACAGCCAAGGUGGUGGCCCGACAGCGAAGCUCCAAGAAAACAGGCAGACACCACAUGGUCAACACCCAGAUGAGGGUUAAACCGGCUGUUCCUCUAGUCCUCAAUGCCAAACCCCAAACCUCUCUGAGGCAGCCAAACCGCCGAGGCGGAGGAAGAGGAGGUGGAGGUGCCGGCCGCGGGGCUGGACAUGGAGACUUCAGACAGACGAGAGACCUGAGGGAUGUCCUGACGGAGGGAAGAGCUGGAGGGCAUCCCAACAAGCUGACCAAUCACAACGCAGCCAAUAAGAGAGGGAACCUGCCUGCAGAAAAACAGGACAAGAGGAUGACCCUCCCAACACGCUUUCAGAAGGAGAUGCACGCUCACCUCUCCAGAAAUCCACAACAGGGCGGGUCACCAGUGAAUCUAAACGAGAGCUUUGGCUCCAGCAAAAGCAAACCUUACAACCCUCAGCAGGUCCAGAGUCACAUCAGAGAGAUUUUGGCAAAGUACAGCAAUGGCUUCUGGGUUUCAAAACUGCCCCAGAUCUACAAAGAGCUGUACAAGCAGGACCUUCCCCCAGAGGCCAUCAAAGACCUGGAGACCUGGACCCACAUAUGCAUUGUGGAGAAAACCUGCAGCAGCAACUCAUCAGAGCUGCUGCUCUAUCCCGCCAAGGAGCAGACCAGCACAUCCAUUCCCUCACAGGUCCUUAACUCAAGCUCCCCCGCCUCCCCAGCUGAAAUGACCCCCACCCAAAUGAGACCCCUCUCCAAUCAUCCGGCUCGCCCUGACUCCUGUUCUCCUCAGUCUCCACCAUCUUCCUCUUCGUCCCCCAGCCCUCCUUCCUCCCCUGCAGCCCUCAGCCCUGACCUGAAGCAGAAACUGGAGGAGCUGCUGGUGAAGUACUCCAGUGGUCUCUGGGCCCACGCUCUGCCCAAGCUCUUCCAGGACACCUACAAAGCUAAACUGCCCGCACACGUGCUUGAGAACCUUGACCUGCUGUCAGAUAUCUGCACCAUCAACUACCCGAUGCCUGAUAACCCCAAGAGGGCCAUCCUGUACAGACGGAGCAGCACUGGAGGUGCAGAGGAUGAGAACUGCAACAGGAGGAGCUCGUCAACCAGUGAAGAGGAGAUGAGAGUGAGGAGUGAGCUGGGGAGGAGGCUCAGUAACCACCAAGUGCCUCAGCUGCAGAUCCCCAAAGAGGAGUACCCCUCCGUUCUAGUGAUGGAGGCCACCAACACCAACACAGUUAUACUAAGGUACAUCGGUGAGGGUUACUCUAUGGCGCAGGACUCAAUGGAGGAUGAGAUGAGGGUGUUUUAUGGCUUAGAUCCAAGCCGCCAAGCUCCUUUGUCUUCUCCAUCAUCAGGCCAACUCGUAGCAGUUCGGGCUGAGGAAGAGGAGAUCCUCAGGGCACAAAUAUGUGAGGUCAUGCCUGAUAAAGUCAAGGUGUUUUAUGUAGAUCAUGGCUUCUCAGAGGUGAUCAGUAAAACCAAAGUGUUGGAGCUGCAUGAGAAGUUUUUCAAGCUGCCUUUCCAGUCAACAAAGUGUAAACUAGCAGGCCUGGAGCCGUUCUGCCAGGAGCCACUUGUUCUGAAGAAGUUUGAGACGAUGGCGAGUGGAAGAAUCCUCCUGGCUGAGAUCUUAGAGAGAGGUCAGAUCCCUCUGGUGGUCCUCUAUGAUACUUCUCAGGACGAUGACGUGAACAUUAACGCCGCCUGUGUGAAAGCUCUACAAGACAAGACACUAGCAAGUCCGUUACAGGUGAACAGCGCUUAUAUGAACGUGACUGUCAGCAGCGUUUGCUCCGACGGGACCUUAUACUGCCAGCUUCCCUCCAGAGGACUCGCCAAGCUGAAUGAGAUACUGGAAAAAAUCGAAAACUACUUCCACGCACAGGUGACGUCAGAGUUUCUGGUGUCCAGGCCUUUUUGCGGGAAAGGAUGUCUGGCUCGCUAUAAAGGCAAAUGGUCUCGUGCCGAAAUAACCAACCUGCACGGAAACAGAGUGUUGGACAUCCAGUUUAUAGAUGUGGGCGUCCAGGCUUCCGUAGAGGUGUUUGAGCUCAGAGAGAUCCCGCCGCUUUUCCUCCGCGACUUUGUGUCCAUCCCACCUCAGGCUGUGAAGUGCUGCCUAGCCGACCUGGCUGUUAGUGUGGGGUCCUGGUCUCCAGAUGCUGUGCAGUGGCUUCGAGAGAAAGUGCUGAAUACCUCAGACUGCAGCAUGAAGGUUGCAAAGGUAGAUGAAACUAAGCGCAGCGUCUAUGUCUACUUGUUCACCGACAAGAACUUCCAUGAUCAGGCGCGCAGCCUCAACCACCAGUUGGCCCAGUCCGACUUGUUCAAACAGCAACCAGAUGUCUUCCUGACCAGCCACAGCCCAACCAAGAUGUCCGCAAACCCUCUUUCCUCUAAGACCUCUAGCAGCAGUGACUCCACCAGCAGCAGUCCAACACCGGCUUCUGUCCCAGCCAAGCCUCAUCCCAGGAGGACGCUGUCCGGACCUAAAGGAGGGGGAGGAAGCAACGUAAUCUCCGCCAGCCCACCUGAAACCCCAUCAUCACCUUUAUCCUUCCUCCAGCUGCCACCACUGCUGGAACUACCCAACGUUGGACACAAUAUGGACGUGUACGUGUCGGUGGCUUGUCAUCCAGGACACUUUGUGCUGCAGCCCUGGAGAGACAUGUAUAAACUGGUGGUGCUGAUGGGAGAAAUGAUACUUUACUACAAUAAAACUGAAGAGAAACCCCUCAAAGUGGAGAAGAACUUGAUUUAUGCCGCUAAAAUUGAAAACAACUGGCACCGUGUGUUAGUGAAGGGAGUUCUGACCAACGGGCUGGUUUCUGUGUAUGAGCUGGACUACGGUAAACAUGAGCUGGUCAGCAGCAGUCAGCUCAGAACUCUGAUAAAGGAGUUCAGACAACUGCCGUUCCAAGGCAUCCACGCUCAGCUGGCUGGAGUGAAGCAGAAGCAGUGGUCAGAGGAAGCCUCCAUCGUUUUCAGAAACCAUGUAGAGAAGAAGCCUCUGGUGGCCCAGCUGGAGGCCGUGCAGGAAGGCGCCAACCCCUGGGACAGGAAGCUGACCGUCUUCCUGGUCGACACCUCACAGGAGGAAAGAGACAUCUGGGUGCAUGACAUCAUGGCUGAGUUUGCAGACGAACCGAGCAACGAGCUGUAGGGCAAAAAAAAUAGCUGUUCUUCUGAUUCCUGAAAGAGUAGGACUUAAAGAAAUACAGAGUGAACGGAACAUAGAAAGACUAGAAUGAUUUGUUAGCAUGUAGAUGUGCAACAAUAGAAAAAAAAAACUACAGGAACAUGCUACUAAUAUAGGCGCUGGUGUUGUGGUGAACUUCCUUCUUUCUUCCAUAACAUCAAAACAAUUUCUCACAUUGAUAGCAUGCAUCCGCUUUCACUGAGUGCAGCUCUGCAUGUGGAUCCAGUGUCAGUGUGAGCAAUCUGAAGCUCCUGAGCCCUAAAAAACAACCUGAGCCUCAUGCAUUCUGGGAUGCUGGCUAAAGCCUGCAGGCAUACUUAAAAAAAAAAAAAAGAAGUACACCCUCCAUUAGUUCUCGGAGGUGAAUGUGUGAAUGAAUCCCAGUAAGUGAUCAAAGAUGAAACCAAUAUGAGAAAAGUUUCUCCUUAAACCCUAAACGUUAAAGAACAGUAGGAUGUAAAGAGGGUGUGCUUUCCUUUUUCGUGUUGCUGUCGGGGUGUUUGUUUACAAAGCUUCUAUUUCUCAGUGUCACAAAGUUUACAAAAGAGAGAGCGAACAUUCCCUGAAGAGAGAAGAAGAUGAUAGAUCCAUCACAGUGGAUAUACCUGUACUUAGCAUCAAAUGUGCAAAAUAAAAACAAACCUGGACACGAUGACCCAGGUAACUAAUAUGAAAAAAGCUGACCUCAGUCAUCCUGCUUUGCAGUGAAAAAAGGAGAAAGGGAUUUUUAUUUACCAGCUGACCUUUUAAGUGUUUUUGUAAAAAAUAUUAGAUUUUUUUUGUAAAAACAUCACGGGUUGUUUUCAGCAUCCCUGAGCAGAUCGGCUUUGCAUGAUGAAGCCUUCUUAUGCUCCGUUUGAUUUAGAUUUGGACCGGACAGGGAUCCCGGAUGUUUGCUGCUCCAGAUCACUGACCUCAUUCUUUGCUACGGGAAAACAUACAUUAUCGUCCUGAAAAAUCACAUCAGCAAACCUAAAUUAAGCUCACGAAAGGACAAAAAUGUGUCAAACAUUUCAGUUCCUACCUGUGAA